GUCAACGUUAGUCUGAAUUUCUGACUCAUUACGAUUUUGCCUUAUAAAAUCUGAAAUAAUUUACUUUCGAAUUCUAAAUUAAAUUCCGUAAAAUUGUCUAGCCAUGGCUUAUUUGACCCAGCCAGAUUACGUGAAGUACGCUUGUUCUUGUGGUCAGAUCAAACCGAUAACAAGCUUGUAUUUUUGUCGCCACUGCCUGCAGAUACGCUGCGGCUUUUGUAUAUGCCAUGAAGUGGACUCUCAUUACUGCGCCAACUGUCUGGAGAACAUGCCAUCAUCAGAAGCAAGGCUGAAAAAGAACAGAUGUAGCAGUUGUUUUGAUUGUCCCAGUUGCUUUCAUACACUUUCCACAAGGGCCACACUGGCUCAACCACGGCAAACACCGGAACAAGGAUCCGGUGAUUCUAAAGUGGAAAAUAAACAAGCUAAGAAAAUGUACUACCUGUCCUGUUUUAAUUGUAGAUGGACAUCAAGAGAUGUUGGUAUACCGGACCAGCCAGUAGCCUCUGGUGGUUGGCCAGAGAGGGUAAAUCCGAAUGCCACCCGCAUAAAUCAACUCCUCGACUACUACAAGGCCAUAGCCCAACAGGAAAAGCAAGAAAAAUUGGACAGGGAGCGGAAAAAGUUUGCCAUCAGAGGAAAAUACAUUACACUUACUGAUAAAACUGGUUUGACGGGUGCAAUGGCUAGGAACAUAGCCGGUCUACCUUCCAGCGAGAGUACAAUGAGUGCUAUAGCCAACUUUGUGCCGAGUGAGGCUUCCGCUGACGUUGAAGAGUUAUCAGAGGAUUUCUACACUAAAGAACUGAACUUAAAUCAAAUAACGAGCAUGCCACAGAGGCUUGCCGCUCCGGAGUGGCAGCCGAGCAGUGUGUCACGGCUGUACCCGAUCGCCAAGCUGCUGAGUGUGAAGCGCAGCCAGCGCUGCCGGGCCUGCGACCACAACCUCACCAAGCCGGAGUACAAUCCAGGAUCUAUCAAGUUUAAAAUCGAACUCCUUGCAUUCUACCAUGUGCCGGAAGUGAAGAUAAUAUCGUACGAGCCGAUGAAGCCGGGCUGCACGUCUGCGCUGCUGCUGAAGUUGACCAACCCGACCGGCCACGAGAUGCAGGUGCGUCUGCUGCAGCCCGAGGAAGUACCCGACACAGAGGACAGGCUGGAGGAGCCCAACAGUCUGGAGAAGUCGCUCGAAAAGUCGCUCAAUUUGGAGAAAGAUAAUCUGUGGUACGAGACGGUGCAGCGCAAAGCUGACGUGACGGCGACGUGUCGUGUGGUGACGCCCGACGUGACGCUGACGUUGGCGCAACGUGACGACGCCGCGGAGUACGACGACGACGCCACGCACGAUGCCAACGAUAUAAUCCUGUGGCGGAAGUCCAACAAGCUGGCCCUGCGGCUGCAGGUGAGGUGCGGGGAGGAGGUGGAGGCGGGCAGUGCGGCGGAGGCUGCGCUGACGCUGCAGUACCGGUACCGCAACACUGUGCCUGCACCUCACGAGCCGCGAGAUCACACGCUGCAUGCCACACUCAUGCUGCAGCUCGGACAUGUCUCAGGGUAGACCAAAGCUAA